ACGCCUUCUCAGUGCUCUACCUUACUCUUCUCUCCUCCCUUCCAAAGACAGUUGCCCAUCAUGUCGAUAAUGGAAUACAACGGUGGUUCGGUGGUGGCCAUGAAGGGCAAGAACUGUGUCGCGAUCGCGUCCGACCUUCGUUUGGGAAACCAAGCAAUGACUGUAGCCACAAACUUUGAGAAGGUGUUUCCCGUGACGGAUAGUUUGUAUUGCGGUCUUGCGGGUCUAGCAACGGACGUAAUCACCCUACGCGAACGCUUCCGUUACCGAGUAAACAUGUACACAAUCAAGGAAGAGCGCCAAAUCGAGCCCGCAACAUUCGCCCAGCUCGUCUCUUCCACACUGUACGAGCGCCGUUUCGGGCCCUACUUCGUCGAACCCGUCAUCGCCGGUAUAAGCAAGAAGACAGGCGAGCCGUUCAUCGCAGCCGCGGACCUCAUAGGCUGCCUCAACUUCGCAAAGGACUUUGUAGUGUGCGGGACGGCGAGCGAUAAGCUGUUUGGUGUGGCGGAGGGACUGUGGGAACCGGAUAUGGCGGCGGAGGACCUGUUUGAGACGAUCUCACAGACACUUAUGAACGCGGUUGAUCGGGAUGCGUUCUCUGGUUGGGGCGCGAUCGUGCAUGUUAUAACCCCGGAAAAAGUCAUCUCACGGACGCUCAAGGCCCGCAUGGACUAGUGCGGUGUAGACUAGGACACGGGAAGAUAAUGGCAUUCUGUUGCAUAACCAUAUGGACGGCUCGUCCUUGAGCCGCGGCCCUGUACCGCGGCAGGUGCGGGCCGUUGGGCAGCAUACACUUGUGAUC